GUUUAUAAAACACUUCAACCGAUCAAGCAAGCCCAUCAUUCGCCAGCAGGUUGUCUUUGGAGGUGAAUCGCAGAGGGGUUUUUGGCACAGCUAAAACACCAUGAACCAGCACAACGGGCCAGCAACAGUAGGCAUUGGCGCUGUUGUCUUGUGCCUAUCGAUCGGACUAGCGUUGGGUGCUUCGCCACACUGGAACACUGACGCGAUCGAGAAACACGAUCUCGACGAAAUACGUACGAUCGUGACGGAUCUCCUCGAGAGUGGCAUAAACAUCACUCUUGAGGAGCAUCAACUCCGUUUCAUCAAGGGCGACACACAGAACCUGCUGAUAGAGAACUUUCUUUUUGCCACUGAGGAUGGAUUUGUGUUUACCGUGAGCUCCGAGAAAGUUAUUGAUAAAAACUACAAACCAAAGGUAGUUUCCUACUUCGAUGUGAGCGAAGAUGACGCACAGAAGGUUCUUCUAUCACUGCUGGGCGGAGGCAACAUUAAGGUUUUAACCGUUAAAAAAGCACGAUGACGCUACGGAUUGCGUUCGAAUCCUCUUAUCCGUUAGCCGGUCGAAGCUGGUCAUAAUAAAGUAUUUUAAUAAAUUUACCCCUACACAAGCACCAUAGCUCACACAGUAGUUUGAAUGGCCCAUUCAAUCGCCGAUCUUUGUUGCGGUUUUUUGUAUUUCUCCGCCAAAACAGCAAAAGAAAACCAGUUUCACUAUGCUUUUUGCAUAACUUUGCUUCCCUAACUGAGAGCAACCCAUAUCGGCGAGUGGGUCACACAGCACCGACAUUUUCCUCUGAAUUUCAUGAUCACCCAUGCGGUGCUAGAUGCGCAGUGAUAACAAGAUUCUAACAACGAACGAAACCAUGAUCACAUCCACUGUGUGAUAGUCGUCGUCGUG